CGCGAUAACUCUCCCCUCCCGGCUGUCUAAACGCCAUAUUGUAAGUUUGGUUGUUAUUGAUGUUUGGGGCCUUCUGCGAGAUUUGCAGAAGCAGGAGAUACCGGGUGGGUGCAGGUGGCGAAGCUUGAACAGGAGGCGAACGUCUUAUCAGGCCGUGCGAUUCCAAGAAAGGGAGAAGAAGCUUCAGCUUUCCACGGCAAUGCAGAGCCACGGAAUUUGGAGCGAUGAAAAUGCAAGAAGGGCUGGAGGACUGUAGCCAGAGGCCUGACAUUGACCCUCUUCCUAUGUGAGUGUUCCAGCUGAAGCCAUAAUCCAGGAAUGGCGCAGGGAAGCCAGCCACUGGAUGUUAAGAAACUCCAUGAUCUCAAGCAACGCUUCCCUGAGAUCCCUGAUGGGGUCGUUUCUCAGUGUAUGCUGCAGAACAACAGCAAUCUGGAAGCCUGUUGUAGGGCUCUUGCACAGGAGAGCAGCAAGUACUUAUAUGGGGAAUAUCAUAGUCCAGAUGACUGCAGGAUAAACAGGAACCAUAUGCUUCAUAUCAACCUGGGAAUCCACUCCCCCACUGGCUUUCAGGCUGAUAACGUAAAAGCAAAUGGUGGGCGUACUUUGGUGCAUAGCUCGAGUGAUGGACACAUUGAUCCUCAAAGAGGAAACAGUGGCUCAAAGCAGCAGAUGAUAUGCAUGAUCCAAGAGCCACAUUCAGCCCCUGCUAUUGUAGCUCCUUCUCCUGGCUAUAAUCCUUUCUUCAUGAAUGAGCAAGCACGCUCUGCUGGCACGCCACCUCCUGUAUCUCUACCGCCUGGAAUGAAUACCUCUCCUAUGCAAGGACUGUCUCCCACUUUCACACCUAUUCCCAGAUAUGGUCUAAACCCAAUCACUGUCACAUUAUCUCCGAACAUCCCAGUAGCUCCUUGCGCCUUACAGCUUUCUUCUCAGAUAACAAAUUGCCCUUAUGGCACAGGUAGCAAUUCGGUCUACAUCAGGACAACCUCUUCACAGAGCCCUUCAGGUAGGCACACACCUCAGAGUUCACCAUGGCAUUCUCCUACAGCCCAAUGUCAUAUUCAGCCGUACAGCCAACAGCCUCAUCCCAUCUCAGUUUACCAGACCCAGCCAUUGCCUUACCAGCCCUCACAGUAUUCUUCUAAACAACCGCAAAUGUCCCAACAGCCGUAUCGUUCUCCACCUCCUUCUCAGUUUCCAUCUCCAUAUAGCUCACCACAGCAUCAGAUCCAAUCCAGUCAGCCUGGCCACCAGACCGCUCAUGUUUUUAUGCCAAUUAGUCCCCCUACAAUGUCUAGUUUACCAUAUAACCAACAACAGCAGUCUCCAAGUUAUCAACAGCAAGGAGCACAGCCUGGGUCGUAUAUCCCAUAUUUAUCAAAGAAUCCCAUAAAAAAUCAAAUUGAAAUCACUCUAGAAACUCCCCAGAGGCCCCUGAACCGCAGCUCAUCACCAGUACCUAACCAGCAGCAAAGAGGUCAGAACAGUAUGUAUAUUGCCACAAACCCUGCACCUGGCUCUCCAUCAAGAGGAAUAUCUGGAGUUCCAGUGAACAUUGGAGGGCAACCUCAGUCAGCAAGUUUUAUUCCUGCAAUGUAUAUACACCAGGGCCUACCACUCACUCAACAAGCUCCAACACCCCCUCAAGAAGGCAGUGGCGGAGGACAGGUUGCUGCCAGUAGCCCUAAAGCCAGAGUCGCACAGGCUAAUAAUUCUUCUUACACCUUCAAGAUCAAAGUAUCUCCACGGAUGCAAGUACAAAGGCAAUCGGAUUCUCCUACCUUGGAGAGUGAAAGUAUCUUAAACUUGGUUGAGGAAGGAGAACAUACUGGUGCCCCUGAGCCAAUUCAGCCUAUUUCUGCUCUGCCUGGCACUUUUGGUGAUAGAAGGAGCAGGGAGUAUCACAGGAAGUCCAGCUCUGGCUCAGAUGACUAUGCUUAUACACAAGCUCUGCUGUUGCACCAAAGAGCUAGAAUGGAGCGACUUGUGAAAGAACUCCAAAUUGAGCAGCAGAAAUUGGAGCACCUCAAGUCUGAUGUUAAUGAAAUGGAGUAUGACCUCAUGCAAAGACGUUUACGAAGGGUUAAUGCCACUUACCUUAUUCCUGCUCCAGAGGACAUGACGAGACAAAGAAAUCUGAACAGACAGCUUCAAAUUGAUAUUGACUGUAUGCUGAAAGAAACUGACCUCCUUCGGUCUAGAGGAAAAUUUGAUCCAAAUGCUGUGAACAGUUUCUAUGACAAUAUUCCACCCGGACCUAUUGUACCCCCAAAGCCAGUUAAAAAAGGGCACCCGUCGUCUGCUAAAGCCCCUGCUGUCCAGCAGCCAAGAGAUGAAGACUUUGAAGGGGCCCAUUGGAAUUGUGAGAGCUGCACUUUCCUGAACCACCCAGCAUUAAACCGAUGUGAGCAGUGUGAAAUGCCACGAUACACCUGAACAGAAAAAAGGACAACAUCAGGGUGGCUCGAGGUGGGUGAAGGAAACGGACAUGAAUGCACCCAUUUCCACAAAGCUAUAUGGGAUAUGAACAGAGAAGCUGCAUGUCAACUUCAAUAUUGGAAGGCUCUUCAGGAAGAGCGCCAAAGGAAGACAUGUUUUUUUAUUUAUUUUGUUUUAACUUUCCCAGCAUUCCUAUGAAUAUGUAAUUGAAUGUGAAGAAAGCUGAUGCAUUUUGAAAAGGAGAAUCCUGAUGUAAAGUAAGGUUCUUUUCAUGACCCUUUUCUGAAUGAAAGGCUUUUAUUCACAUUUUCCUUUCAGCGACUUACAUGGACAGGAAAACAAACAGGUAGUUUUUUGUUUUAAAAGUCUUGAAUUAUUGAACUGUGGCUGUUGUUUUAAAAAAAAAAAA